UGCCGCUUUAAGAAGCUCGCCCCGCCCCUCACAAAGAUGGCGCCCCUCGCUUUUUCCGCCCUCCUCCGGGAUGGCGGCGGGCGUGACGCAGCGGCCCCUAAUCCAGGAGAGGGUGGUGCCGCGAUUGGCGGGCCCGCGCGGGGGAUGCUGGGAGGCCCGUCGUGCUCUGCGGGGAGCCGCCGCUAACCGGGGCGCCGGGCCCGGUGCUGCCAGGCCGCGGGUCCGUCCCGGCCCCGUCCCGCUCCCGCCUCCCCCGGCGGCUCCUCCCAGCGCGGGCAGGCGGCGGGGCGCUGGGGGUGGCCGUGCAGGGGGACGCGUUUCCCCUCCACCCCCUCCGAGAGGGAGGUCAGGGUUCGGCCAUCGCUGCGAGGCGCUGAGGGGAAGAACCGGCGGCUCCUUUCCCGGAAGAGCCGGGAAAGAAACCGCCGGGGCCGGGCUUUCCUCCCGGGCGGUGUGUCACCCCGGCGGCUCUCAGUUCUGCUUUCCUGGCGCUGGGUCGCCGAGUUCAGGGCAAGGGCAGGGGCCGGGCGAAAUCUGGGCCGCGUUUCCCGCAGGGCGCGGGGCAGAAGCUGCCCGAGGCUCCGGCGAGAUGCAGUUCUUUGGGCGGCUGGUGAACACUAUCAACAGCGUCACCCAGAUAUUCACAAACCCGUACCGGGUGAAGGAGGUGCCGGCUGCCGAGUACGCUGCUCACGCCUGCUUGAGGCAGGAAGGCAGUGUGGCCCUCUACAAGAACGGCCUCGCUCGCUCGUGGGAUUGCCUGCUGGUGAAUCCCCAGAGCCCACAGGUCGCUUUCCGGCUCUUCCAGCUUGACAACGAAGGAGAUGCCCUGGUGCGUUUUGAGCAGUAUGCCAGGCUGCUGCGCCCUUUCUACGAGAGCUCGUGCCAGCCCUUGUUGCUGGAGGAUCUCCAGCAGCUCAGCGACUGCUUCCGCAACCACCCCAGCUGGUCCUCGGCGCACGUCGCGGUGGAGUUCGGCCGUCGGGAGAGCUUCCGGCACAACCACGUUCUGAGCUGCGUGAACAGCCAGGACAGUGAGGAUGGCUGCACCCCGCUGCACCUGGCGUGCCGCAAGGGAGACAUGGAGUGCCUGCUGGAGCUGCUGGAGUGCCACGCGCGGGUGGACAUCACCGACAGGAACGGGGAGACCGUUUUCCACUAUGCUGUGCGAGGGAACAACCCCCAGAUCAUCGAGCUCCUGGGCAGAACCCCAACUGCUGGCUUAGACCACCUGAACCAUGAAGGGCUGACAGCUUUGCAUCUCGCUUGUCAGCUGGGCAAAGAGGACAUGGUUCGGUCUCUGCUGAAAUGCCGUGCCAGCUGCAGCGUCGUGGGGACGCUGGGCUACCCCAUCCACACAGCACUGAAGUUCUCCCAGAAGGGGUGUGCCCAGGCCAUCCUCGAGGUGGAUGCCAGCCAGGUUCACUCCAAGGACCCGCGCUAUGAAGCUACUCCGCUGCACUGGGCGAAGAAGGCAGAGAUGACACGGCUGCUGCUCGAGUACGGCUCCGAGGUGAAUUUGAUGAGCCGGACGGCUGACAUGGCUCUGCACAUUGCAGUCAAGAGGGGACGCUUCGACUGCACCAUGGUGCUGCUGACACACGGGGCCCACACCAACGCCAAGGAUCAGGAUGGCAACACACCGCUGCACCUGGCCAUGAAGCAUGACCACCUGGAUAUGAUCAAAGCGAUUGUCGUGUUUGGAGGAGACGUCGAGAUCCCCAAUGAUUUCGGGGAAACGCCGGGGCUAUUGGCAGCCAGGAGCAGCAAAGGUGUGAACCGGAAAGUGCUCUUAGACCUGUUGCAAUCUGUAGGGACCGAACGCUGCCACCCACCCAACCCUGACUCCGCACGCCUGGCACCGUCAGCUGCCUCCUUCCUGGAAGGCCAACCUUCCUCACGGAGCAGCUUCAGCAGCUUAGGGUACAAGGACCUUCUGUAUGUUUCCGCAACACUUGGACAGUUUUUGAAGGCAUCAGAUGUUGUGGACUCGCCCAGUGAGGGCAGAAGAAAUCACGACCGCCUCCUGUGCCUGGAUGGAGGGGGCAUCCGGGGCCUGGUGCUCAUCCAGCUCCUCCUGGCUAUCGAAAAGGCUGUGGGCCGUCCCAUUCGUGAGAUUUUCGACUGGAUCGCAGGGACCAGCACUGGGGGGAUCUUGGCCUUGGCUAUUGUACACGGGAAGUCCAUGGACUACAUGCGCUGCCUGUACUUCCGCAUGAAGGACAUGGUGUUCCAGGGCUCUCGGCCCUACGAGUCAGAGCCCCUGGAUGAGUUCUUGAAGAAGGAGUUUGGGGAAAACACCAAAAUGACAGAUGUCCAAAAACCCAAGGUUAUAGUGACAGGGACGUUGUGUGACCGACAGCCAGCUGAGCUCCACCUUUUCCGGAAUUACCCCGUACCAGAGACAAAAACCUCCACUGAAUACAAGACAAGUGCAUCUUUCAAACCACUCACUCAGCCAGAAGACCAGCUCGUGUGGCGCGCGGCUCGCUGCAGCGGCGCGGCUCCCACUUAUUUCCGGCCGAUCGGCCGCUUCCUGGACGGCGGGCUGCUAGCCAACAACCCGACCCUCGACGCCAUGGCGGAGAUCCACGAGUACAACAAAACGCUGCUCAGGAAGGGUCGGAGGCAGGAAGUAAGAAAAUUGGGGUUGGUGGUCUCCCUGGGGACAGGGAAGCCACCGCAGGUCCCAGUGAGCUCUGUGGAUGUUUUCCGUCCCUCCAACCCUUGGGAGCUGGCAAAGACCGUCUUCGGGGCCAGGGAGCUUGGCAAGAUGGUGGUGGAUUGUUGCACUGACGCAGACGGCCCGGCUGUGGCUCGUGCCAGGGCCUGGUGCGAGAUGACGGAUAUCCCGUAUUUCCGGCUCAGCCCUCAGCUGCACAAGGACGUGAUGUUGGACGAGGUGAACGACGCCGUGCUGGUGAACGCUCUCUGGGACACCCAGCUUUACAUCUACCAGCAGCGGGAGCAGUUUGAGCAGCUGGUGCGACACCUCUCCCGGUGACGGAGCUGGAGGUUCCCGUGCUGCAUCCCAGUGGUGAGGAGCAGCAGACACUGAAAUGGCUUCGUUUUGCCCUUGGACCUAGGUGAUGAGGUGGGAGACUACUACUACUAAUGAGGAAUUAAUGAUACGUAGUAGACAACAGUACCUAUAUACGUGUAUUCCAGGACACACCCCAUGUAUUCCCAGACAGCUGUGAAAUGCUGACAGUUAUCUUCAUACUGUAGCCCCAUCUCUGCUGCUGUGCUCAGUUUUGCUGUCCUGCUAUCUGACUGUACGGCCCUUCCCCGAAGCCAGAGCCCCCACCUACCUGUCUUGAGCUGGAGCAGCCCAGAGUCUGUCUCCGGUCUGUGCAGCACCUCUACUGACAAAGCACCGUGCACCUUCCCAUGUCGCAGCAUGAGCCAAGGCCGGAUAAAACUUCAGUGAUUACUGGGGCCGUGGUGUUUGGGAGCCUAUAGGAUUGGGGGGAAAAGGGAUUAGUCUUCCCUCAACACGCCCUGUUUGAAGGGGAGCAGAAAUCUCCACGGCAGAUCUGACGCUCGGUGUUGUGACCGGCCUAGGGAGAAGGGGGAACCUUUCCUGAGCCAGUUGUCUUCUGUAGCACCUUCCCCUUCUUUCCCUUCCGAGAUGGGCUGGCAACACGCCUACCGACUGCGCCCAGGGUGGGAGCAGACACCCCCCCACUCCCCAGCCCCCCCCAGACUGUUUUAUGCCACCUGGCUUGCCGUCCUUACUCGCAGCAAGCUCAAGAUGAGGGACAGUAGCCUUGGCUUGGUAAAGAGAUUGUUUCUCUUCGUUCUUAAUGUGGAAUUGAAAUGGUUUGAGAUCAGUUCCCACCAAAGAAGCUGACGCUGUGACAAUUUGGAUUUGCCUUUUUUACUGCUGGAAAUUCCAUUGUGAAUGCUACAGUACUCAAUGUUUCUGCAGUAAAUUUUCAUAUUUAUAAAUAAUAUGUGUAUCUAUUUGGAGGUGUUUUGAGGAGACACCUGAAAAACGGAAUUCUUAAUCCUUUGCUUUUGACUGGAUGAACUGUUGUUGUGAACAGUGCUUCUAUGCAAAACUAACACGACUUGAAAUAAAGAGAGGUUUGCGUUUGGUUCCCCUGUCAAGCA